GGAUUCGUCCUCGUCUCGCCGCUCUCUCCCUACUCCCCCCGAACGUACCGUGCCGCCGUCAGCUUGGGUGUCCCCCCACCGGUGGAGAGCACGCAGGGACGCCUGGUCGCCCCAAGAGGCCGGUCCGGCGGGCGAGCGCCGGCGCGGCAGCGCCUGGAGCCCUCAUCGGCGGCAAGCACCAACCGAGGCUGCACGCGCAUUGAAGAAAGCGGUUAAUAUAGUAGUAUGUCAAAAAGAAAGAGAAGCUCAAAGGAGAAACAGAGGCUGCUGGCCAACAAAAAUAAGUGGCCAAGGCUUCAGUUGAGUGAUCUACCAAUGGAUAUUUUGCACUCUAUGGUAUCAAGAUUGCCAAUAAGACAGGCUGCAAAGACAAGCAUAUUAUCAAGCCACUGGAAAUAUGUUUGGUGUUGGCGCACAAACUUGGAGUUUUCUUUUAAAUCACUAGUUUAUAAAAAGGGAUCUGGGAUUCCCCUUUCACACAUCAGCGAAUAUGUUUUUAUUCAGAGGGUCGAUGCAAUUUUAAGGCAACACUCCGGCGUAGGGGUUGAAAAACUGGAAAUUGAAUUUUCACCGUUACACCAUGAACACGCAGAGCACAUCGAUACAUGGGUGAAGUUUGCUAUUGCAUCAAAGACAAAGCAACUGAUUCUUGAUUUUCUAGUCCAGCGUCAUGGAAAGGAACCAUAUACCUUCCCUUUUCAGCUUUUUGAUGCCACUAAUGGUUCCCACUUACAAUUCAUGAAGCUUGGUUCUAUUUCUCUAAAACAGCCAGCAAACAUUAAGUUUUUUCUAAACCUUAAAAAGCUUGAGCUUGUAGACGUGAAUAUUACUGAUGAAGAACUUAUUGAGAAAUAUAUCGAUGAAGUCAUCAAAUUGUUCUGCCCCGGCAUAUAUGUUCACAGAAUUAUGUUGAUGGAUCACGAACUUAGAUGGUAUCAUAAGCGUGACAGUGAGUUAAGGAGCCUUCCUUCAUACCCUCACUCCCAUUUGAAUCUGGUCAACAUUACAGGGUUUUAUGGUCCGAAAGCUUAGCUUGAGUUGGCACUCCAUAUUUUGAGAAACUUUGCCAUGCUCAAGGCGAUGAAGAUAGAUCCAAAGCCUGCGGUUGCUGGUAUCCAUGAUUCUCUGUUUAUGAAAGAUGGGAUUUGUUUCUAUGAUGGCUAUAGAGUUGCCAAGAAAUACCUCCGCAAAGCAGACCGUCAAGGUGUUGUUGGCGUCGUAAAAAUUCGCCGUAGGGAUGUAAAAAAUGUUAGUCCAUACCACCUGCUUGAUCCAUUUUGGAUCACCACAUUGGCGGAAGAUGAUUCACGAAUGAGCUUCACUUCGAUUGAGCUGGACUCUUUUUUGCGCUUACUGACAACUUGUAAUUAUGGUUUUUUUCUAAAUUAAUACCAUGGAACACAACCACUCUUCUUUCU